UCAUCGUCGCACCUGCGCACUGCUAACCUAAUCAUCCAUCUUUUUCCAAGUGUCGUCUGUCAAGAGAUAGGCCACAUUUGCGUAUUUCUGUAGAUAUUCGAAUUAUCUACAGUCAUCUUUGUUAAAUUUCACUCGAAAAAUGGUCCAAAAGAAACCGAAGAAGAAGACCGGUAAAAAGGUGGCGGCGGCCCCUCUUGCCGUGAAAAAAGUCGAACAGAAGAAGGAGGUGAACCCCCUUUUCGAAAAACGCACGCGCAAUUUUGGCAUUGGCCAGGACAUACAGCCCCCUCGUGACCUGUCCCGCUUCGUGAAAUGGCCCAAAUACAUCCGUAUCCAGCGCCAGAAGGCUGUUCUAACAAAACGACUCAAGGUGCCCCCACCAAUCAACCAGUUCCGACAGACCCUUGACAAGCAAACGGCCACUCAGCUCUUCAAAGUCUUGGAGAAGUACAGGCCGGAGACUGAACUGCAAAAGAAGAACCGCUUGAAAGCGGCUGCUGAGAGCAAAGUGGCCAAGAAGGAGGAAGCCCCCCAGAAGAGACCCAACGUUUUGAGGGCUGGCACCAACACUGUCACCAAACUGGUGGAGCAGAAGAAAGCACAGUUGGUGGUGAUCGCACAUGAUGUGGACCCCAUUGAACUUGUGCUCUUCCUCCCGGCUUUGUGCAGGAAAAUGGGGGUCCCCUACUGUAUUGUCAAGGGGAAGGCCAGGCUUGGGCUUUUGGUUAGGAGAAAGACUUGUUCAGCCGUAGCGUUAACUAAGAUUGAGUCGGGCGAUCGUAGCAAUUUAACGAAGAUUAUCGAAGUUGUUAAAACCAACUUUAACGAUCGUGCUGAUGAGAUCAGGCGCCAUUGGGGCGGUGGUAUUUUGGGGUCGAAAUCUGCGGCCCGUAUCGCGAAAAUCGAGAGGGCGAAGGCGAAGGAACUCGCCCAGAAGCAAGGUUAAAGAAU